AUGAAGCUCAUCUCGUCGGUGCUCGUUGGAAUGUUGACCUUUGCGUCUUUCGUCGUCUCGACUCCAAUUUAUACUGUUGUGUCGUAUGACGGUUACAAGAUCUACAAGGUUAAAAUUGAGUCCGACUAUGAAGCCGGCUUGAUUCGCGAAAUUCUCGAGGAUAUACAGCUUGGAGUCAAGUCCUGGAACAAGGUUGCUAUUGGAUCAGAGGCACACCUUCAAGUUGCUCCCUCAUCUCAAGAUCGCUUUAUAUCAAAGCUAGAAGGUGUUCCACAUUCUAUCAUGAUCGAAAACCUGCAGCAAAAUAUUGAUGUCGAGUAUGCUCGUACACGACAAAAUUCGGAAAGGCUAUCAAGCUUGUUUGCCAGAGAUGGCAACCUCGCUCUUACUGCAAAAGAGAUUUUUACCGACUACCAAGAUCAGAGCGUGCUUGUUGCAUUCAUUGCUAGUCUUCCUGGCGUGACUCAGUUUUCGCUAGGAAAAACAUAUGAAGGCCGUGACAUUACUGGCUUUACUUUUGGCACUGGUUCCAAAAAUAUUGUUUUUAAUGGUGGAAUUCAUGCCCGUGAAUGGAUUGCACCAGCCGCUGCUACUUAUAUUACCCACUAUCUGACUGGAGGUAGUGCCGAUGCUGUUGCUUUACUCAAAACUUACACAUUUACCGUUAUUCCAGUUCUUAAUCCCGACGGAUAUGCAUACUCUCGCUCGACCGAUCGUAUGUGGCGUAAGAAUCGUGAACCCAACAAGAACCCAAACUGCGUCGGCACUGAUCCUAACCGCAACUUCCCUUUCAAAUGGGGAUUUGAAAAGGACUCUUUUGAUGAAUGCUCCGAGACUUAUCGUGGAUCGUCUGCUGGUUCGACAGCAGAAGCCAAAGCAUUGAUUGGUUACAUGAAAAAAGUUAAAAAUGUAGCUUCUUACAUUGAUAUACAUUCUUUCGGAAAUAUGCUUUUGUUCCCAUAUGGAUAUACUUGCGCGAAUGUUCCCGAGCCCGACUACAGUAAUUUGGUCAAAGCUAGUAAAGUUGCUACUGAUGCCCUUUACGCUGUUCAUGGGGAAAAGUUUGUCAGUGGACCCGCCUGUUCCACGAUCUACCCAACCAAUGGUGAUACCACUGAUUAUACUUAUUCUCUUGGCAUCACGUAUUCGUUUACGUUUGAGCUUCGUGGAGGUGGCCACGAAGGAUUUGAUUUGCCAGCUGAAGAAAUUGUGCCAUCUUCCGAAGAAGCGACUGCAGCACUUGUUGCACUAUGGAAAAGUAUUAGCUAG